AUGACUCCAGUGAAAGUGGAGGAUAGAGGGAAUAAUUCUUCAGCAUUCCUGAAAAACAGAAUACAUCACAAGCUCCAGAAGAAAGUUUUCCUACAGUCAACUUUUUUCCAAAAAUGGGGUGAAGACCUGACUAAGGCCCAGCAGAUCCAGGCCUUGGUACUCUUCUCUAUGUAUGGCUACAAUGUUUACCUCAGUGACCACCUGCCUUUGAAUCGAUCCAUUCCAGACACUCGUCCUCUCCGGUGUCUUAAUAAGAAGUAUCCCCUACAACUCCCAACCCUCAGUGUUGUUAUCACAUUUGGGGAUGAAGCUCUGUCUGUUUUACAGAGAGCCAUUACCAGUAUCAUCAAUAGGACCCCUUCUCACCUGCUGAAAGAGCUCAUCCUAGUGGACGAUUUUAGUUCAAAUGAGGACCUAAAGGAAGAUCUAGACAAACAGAUCCAGCUUUACAACCUCAAGUACUCUGGGCUACUGACACUGAUCCGUCACACCAAGAGGAAAGGAAUCGUUUCUGCUCGCCUCUCGGGGGGUCAAGCUGCCACGGCAGAUGUAGUUGUCUUCUUGGAUGGUCACACUGAAGUGAAUGUUGAGUGGGCAGAGCCCAUCUUAGCUCGGAUCCAGAAAGACCACACUGUGGUCGUGUCACCCACAAUUGACAAAAUUCUUUCUAACACCUUGGAAGUGGAGCAGUAUCCCCUGACUUCCAUUGGGUUUAACUGGAGACUAUUCGGUCACUAUGACUACUUGUCAGUCAACUUGAAAGAUGACAUUAUACCAAUAAAGAGUCCUACCAUCAUGGAUUUCUUUGCUGCGAGCAGAACAUUCUUAGAGGAGAUUGGGUCUCUGGAUACUGGGAUGCUGUUCUAUGGAGCAGAAAAAACAGAACUGAGCCUGAGGGUAUGGCAAUGUGGAGGGAAAAUUGAGAUUUUACCAUGUUCUCGGAUUGCUCAUCUUCAACAAACCAUUGAACCCUCUCCUCUGAUGAUUUUACCACUCAUGAAAUACAGCGCUCUUCAAGUGGCUGAAGUCUGGAUGGAUAAGUACAAGUACAUGGUCUACUUAGCUUGGAAUCUACCUCUGGAGAGUCAUGGAAUGGAUUUUGGAGUGGUGUCUUCCUGGAUAGAACUCCGCAAGAAACUGAAGUGUAAAAGUUUUGACUGGUACCUCAGAAAUGUUUACCCAGUUCUGAUGCCAAUUCAGAACAUUGUUGGCUAUGGAGCUAUGAAAAAUUCUGUGAAUGAAAUGAUCUGCAUGGACCAGGGAAACAUCGAAGGAAAUACCCCAGCCAUGCAUAAUUGCAAUGGUUACAGAAAACAGUUUGUCUACUACCACUUGACUGGAGAGCUGUAUGUUGGACCGCUCCAUGCAGACAUAUAUUCCAAUGACAGAUGCCUGACAGACCCUGGAGAAGGAUGGAAGCCAGAAUUAGUGUCAUGCCAAGAUGCAACACUGAGAAAGCUAAACAUGUAUUGGAAUUUUAAGCAGGAGACACAACUCCCUACAGGUCACAGUGCAGUGGGUGCCAACAUAGUCUUUGCCAAAACUUCUCCAAAGAAGACCCUCCCCCAGACCUUGCUGCUUCCUCCUUGCACUAUAGGGGAGCUGAGUCAGUUUGGGGAGAUUGGUUAUGCACUGAUGAUGGACAGAUCUGGAGCCUGGAAGAAUCCCUUACUUACUUCUUCAUGGGCCAGAACAAAGAAUGAAACUUUGAAUGAUCAGGGUAGCAAUGACUCCACAUUACAGUCCAUAAAACAACCCAAAGUGAAGCAGAAAGAGGAGCCAAUGAUGCUGAAGGAUGAAAAGAAGACUGUCCCCCAACCUUGGAAUUUCAUGAAAGAAGAGGAGGCACCAGACAAAAGCCAGAGGAAUCUCUUCACUGACUCAGUUCUUCUCAGAUACUGGGGCAAAGGGCUGACUGAGGACAGCAGAACCAAGCCCAGAAACUCUUCUUCAAAUUAG